AUGGGAAGGUCCGUCGCAGGUCAAAAAAUCAAACCUCAUAAGAAGAUCAAGGAAACUCCAGAAAAUGAAACUACAGAUGAGUUCUAUAUCUGCUCCAAACCGCAAGCUAAGCCUAAGAUAAAGCGGCCGAAGGCAGACAAUUCUACAUCUGUCGCCAGUCCGACAGGAGUACAUUCCAAAAAUACUUCACGAAAGCGCACAAAGACGGAACUAGCAAAUCCAGACCAACACUUCCACAAAAAGCAGCAGCUCAUAACAUCCAACCAGAGGACGCCUGAUGUGUGUGAGGGCCGUACUCUUUUCAUAAGGAAUGUUUCUUUCGAUGCGGACGAACACCGUCUUCAGGAGUUCUUUUCAGCCUUUGGUCAGCUUGAGUUUGUCAAAAUUGUGAAAGAUAAAGUAACACAACAUCCUCGUGGGACUGCUUUUGCCAAGUUUGUGCGAAAGGAGGACGCCGACCGCGUUUUGCUUGAUAGUUCUAAGAUGGAGAAUUUCACAAGGUUCACUUUCGCCGGUCGCAGGUUGGUCAUAUCCCUCGCGGUACCUCCCGGCGAUGUCAAGAAACUCCAAGAAGCGCGUGCUGGCGGUCAGACAGUAGAACCCGAAGGCGCUGUCAGUGGUGGACGAAACCUCCAUUUAGCGCGAAUUGGAAUGAUUCGUGCCGGCACAGCUGCUGCAGAGGGCUUGACGCCACAAGAAGUGGCCAUGCGAGAGUCCCUUAUGCGAGCGAAGCAAGCCAAACUUAGAGAUCCCACCAUAUUCAUCAGUCCUCUGCGUCUCUGCUUGCGCAACAUACCAACCACUGUGGACGACAAAACCCUCAAGAAGGCCUGCCUGCGACUGGCUGGUCCGGCGGCUCGCGUCACCGAGUGUCGCAUUAUGCGGGACCUGAAGAGUGGAAAACUGAACCCCAAAUCCCUAGGCUAUGCCUUCGUUGCCUUUGACGAACACAAGGACGCCCUAAAGGUUCUUCAAGUCCUCAACAACAAUAGUGCCAUCCUCGGCGGCAGUCGGCGUCCUAUUGUGGAAUUCUCCCUGGAAAAUUCUCGAGCCCUUGAGAAAAAGCGCCGACGGGCAGAGAAGAGCAAGGUGGCCCAGGACGUUGAACAGGCCGGUCCAUCUGCGGCGAAAAAGUCCAAGUUGCUUCUUCCGCGAGCGAAAAAAGUAAAGGGUUUAGCUAAAAGCAAGCCUCGAAUUCUUCCAAAGAAGUUGGGUGCAAAGAUAAGACAUAAUCGCCCAAAAGUGAUUGGCAAGAAGAAGAGCAAACCUGCGGGUAAUAGUCGAUCUGCCAAACGUCAGGCCAAAGCUAGACGCUCGUAA